GCACGGCGGCACGACCGACCCAAACGAACCAACUCAGUCUGGUUGAGUCGGCGGCACGGUGAAGUCCGGCGUGUUUGUAUCGCGGGCCUAAGUAUUUGUUUACCAACAGUGCCUUACCCAGAGCGAAGUGACGGAGGGAAUGUCAAGCACACUUGCGCCACCUGCAAUGGUUAGCCUGGUGGAUCUUAAAAUGCAGUUCUGACCUGCUGUUAAACUAUGUUUUCCUGAAGAAAAUGUAGUGACGCUCGGGGUACACAGUGUUCUCCUUUUCUGCUUGAAGUAUAUUUCGCGUUUCCGGAAGUGUUACUAGUACAUACUUGGCGGCAGUAGCCGUUUUCUAUGCACAAUGGCCAGGCUCACAGAGGAAAUGGUAGUGGCAAGAACAAAACAAUCGGAUAUCGGACAAGUGACGAAAUUAAACUGCUGGGGAAGCGAGCUGUCAGACGUCCGCCUCUUGAGAAGAAUGCAAAAUGUGGAGGUCCUGUCCUUGAGCGUCAACAAGAUCCGGUCGCUGGAGGACUUCCAGCACUGCCGCAACCUGGUGGAGCUAUUCGUGCGCAAGAACGAGAUCGCGGACCUCAACCAGAUCCUGUACCUGCAGCACCUCCCCAAGCUGCGGAACCUGUGGCUCGAGGAGAACCCCUGCGCCAACGAGGAUGAGUACAGGUACACGGUGCUGCGGGCGCUGCCGAGCCUCAAGACGCUGGACAAGGUGCCGGUGCAGCCCGAAGAGGUGCAGGACGCGAUGCGACGCGGCAGGGACUUGACGCACCCCCAGGACCCGCAGGACUCGGAGUACUGGGAGCCCCAGCCCCAGAACGACAGCCAGAGCCCCCUGCGGGACUGCAGCCCGCCCCCUGCAGCGCCUGUCGCGUACCAGCCGCAGCGCACCGAGCCGCAACAGGCAGCGCCUCAGCAGCCGCCGCAACACUCCCCUCCGGCCGCUGAGAAGCAGCAGCCACAGCAGCCCUUGUCCGAACCACCCCGCACGCCGCAGCAGCCGCAAGCACCAGACUCCACGGGGGCGGAGGACGGCCGAACCGGCGAAGAGUCGUCGGCCUCCCCGAGCUGUCCUCCUGCCCGCCCCUCCAACUCCCCACCCUCCACCGUCUCCCCCGCCCCACAGCCCAACGGCCCCCGUAGAACUGUGCAAGCCCCCGUUCAGUCAUCAACGCAGCAAGCGACCCAAGGCUUGGGCCCAGUUCCCCAGAGCCAGGGCCCCGUGGGCCAGCGGAGUCCUCCAAGAUGUGCAGUUGACACUCAAGGCGGUACAUUUACACGAAAACCCUCAAGAGACUAUAUCAUUCGUAAUGCAGACGAUAUGCCUGUUGGAGGUGGUGGUGGCCAGUACUACUAUGAAGAUGGAGAUUUACAGUAUCAAAGACAACCACAAAAUAUCCCACCUCAACAAUAUGUGUAUGAGGACCCACCUAUUGAGGACGAACCUCCAGUGGUGCUUCGCCAACCUCACCGAAUGAGUAAUGGAGGGUAUCAUGACGUUCUAAUGAAUCAAGGCGACAAUAGUAGCAGUGAUGGCAGUGGUGGAAUGUACAGAGAACGCUCACGUCCUGUCAGUACAGUGGAGGAUGACUCAAGACAAACGUGCGAGCGAAAUAAUCGCCAGACUCAUGAGAGACUAUCAUCAGCUGCACAGCGGCUUGCAAACGACCGCAUGACUUGCAACACCAAUCAGCGUGCACCUUACCCUCGCAGACCAAUUACAAGGAGUUCAAAUCUGCUGUCAGCAGUUCUGUGUCUAGUCAAAGAACUGGAUUAUCCAAGUUUAGAGGUAGUAGAAAUGGCUGUCAAGUGCAGAAUGGAUGAACUUGAAGAUUAGUACUGUCAUCGUUUUACUAAUGAUCUAAUCUUGACUAAUUACCAACCAAAAAAUGUUAAAUUUAUUUGAUACAGGUGUAGAUUAUUUAAGGUUGACAUGCAAAUAUGUAAAUAUGUAACAUUCACUUUUAUUUGAAUUUGAUGUGUGAUGGAUGUCCUGGUAGAGUGUGGUGCUGUACGAAUGGAACAAAAGAGGACAAGUCUGGAAUGUCAUUGGGAGUGCAUUCACUACCGAUGUAUACAACCAUACUUUUAAAGAAAUAAUGUGAUAUUGCUGGUUUUAUAGGACCUUAUACGUAAUUCAUAAAAAAGUUCCACCUUUGUUUUGGUAUCAGAACUUAAAGCAGAUAAAUUUUCCUAGAGAUUACUUUAUUAAAGAAAGAGUUCAUAAGAAAUUGCAGCCUCUUUGUCAAUUUUUUUUCUUUACUUGGCUUGUAAUUAUUGGACAAAUCGCAUGCUCCAAUGUGAAAAUUAUCUUGCCUUGUGCUGUAAUUUCUUCCUUCAUGCAGGCAAACUGCUAAAUACUGUUGGACUAUGUUGAUGCUCCUUUCGAAUCCCUAGUAGUAGAAAUUUUGCCAUGAGUGCCUUUUAUUCAUGUACCAGUUGGUUGAGACAUUGAACAGGUUUUGCAGACUUUGCGUGGUGAUUAGGAUGUAUGGUAAUAUAAUUACGCAUUACUAAUUGUGCUUUAAACCCAAACACGCGCAGCUGACAGUUCCCUUACGUAGUAGUUAAACUUGUCUCUGAAUAAGUUAGAUCUGUUGAAAAAUACAGGGUUUGGUUGUGGAUAAUAUGUGCAGAAACUAGAUUUUAGUCAUGAUAUCUUUGCACAUUUCACCUGUACCAGUCAGGUAUACUUCCCAACAAAGGCACCAGGUCUAUUUAGUUUUUUUGUUGAUUAAACUACCUUUCUAUGUUUUUUGUCUGCCUGUAAAGAAGAUUGGUUUUGCUAUUUUUGUCCCCUGCUCAACAUUCUGUACAGGUUUUCUGUCUGUAGGUGCUCCCAGUGGCUUGUCUUUGUUUUUUAAGCCUGGUCUGGUAAAUAUGUACUUUUUUAAAGGAUAGGAAAGAAAAUUCACACUGUUAACUCAUUGAAUUUUCUUUAUUAAAAGGUUAAUGCAACCCAGUACACAGAGGUAGCUAACUUCUAGUCUUCAUAAAGGUUUAGCUUCAAUUUCCUUUUUUUAUACCUUCAUUUGUUUGUUCUGUUCUCUGAAGGGAUCAACAGUAGGUCAAUUUUAUUUGGUCUACUUGCAUUGUCCAUACUGUUGUAUCCUUUUGCAUUAAUUUUUUGGUAUUCAUUUGUUGCUAACUGUGUUCACAUACAGUUCAACUGCUCUGAAGAGAUAAGACUUGUUUAAACACUGCUAUUUGCUAUCCCGUCGGUGCUACUUGAGAUUCAUUAAACUGUGAUCACUUGACAAAUGUUGAACAUAUAAGAAUUGUUAUUUCAUAAUUAAUUGCGGGAUAUAACUAUGUUUUCAUAGCCUUACUUUCUUUUCAUUCUUAUUAUACAAAACUGAGAUUUUAAAUUGUUUCUAAUGUUAAUUUGGAUCAAUAGGUCCUGAACAAACCCACUGUUGUCAUUUUUCUCACUUUAGGUACUUUUAAAACAUGAGUGAGUGACUGUAACUGCACUAAAACUGGCUGUGCUAUGAUGUGAGAAAUGUAUUAAAAGAAUGCAAUAUUCACUUCA